AGUGGCGCUUGGGGCUGUUCGUUGUGGUGGUGCGGCAGGAAGAGACGAUGGCGCGAGGUGGCGCGUGGGCCGCGGUGGCGGCGGCGGCCGUGUGGUGGAUGGCGGCGGGGGCCGGGGCGGUAUGGCUGGAGAUUGCGCCGUCAGGGACUAAGUGUGUGUCGGAGGAGAUCCAAUCCAACGUUGUUGUCAUCGGCGACUACUCCGUCCUCUAUGAUCACCACCACGCCCAGCCUACCAUCUCCGUCAAGGUUACGUCCCCUUUUGGAGACAUUGUUCAUAAGAAAGAGAAGGUUUCGAUGGGGCAAUUUGCAUUUACCACAGCAGAAGCAGGGAACUACCUUGCCUGCUUCUCAAUUGAUGGUGAGGACAGAGGGUUAGUGGUGAAGCUAAACCUUGACUGGAAAAUUGGGCUGGCUAGUAGAGACUGGGAUUCUGUUGCCAAAAAGGAAAAGAUCGAGGGAGUUGAACUGGAGUUGCUCAAGCUCGAAGUUGCUGUCCAAUCAAUCCAUGACAACCUGCUGCUACUAAAAUCCAAAGAAGCUAACAUGAGGGACGUCAGUGAGCAGACGAAUUCUAGGGUCACGUGGCUGAGCAUGCUGUCUCUUGUUGUUUGCAUUGCAGUCUCUGUUUUACAGCUGUGGCAUCUACAACAGUACUUCCGAAAGAUGAAGCUCAUCUGACCUGAUGUCUGAAAUAUAGUGCUCUGCAAUAAGCUUAUCUUCAUCUUUUUUUUUUUUGCAUAUGAGAUCUGGUAGUUCCACCGUCGAGCCUAGCAAUUGUAAAUAAAAUGGUAUAACAAACUGAAAUCCCA